AUUCAUGCCCUCCUUCGCCGAGCAAUCCUUCAGCUUCUCAUCCAAGUACGCGCCGCACUUUCCUCGCCUUCACAACGGUCGUGCAUCCCUGCAUUCGGGUUCAGUACCAGUUCAUACUUUCCACUGAAAUGUGCUGUCGCGGUUGUGUGCUCUCAGAUUGGCAUCACCUCAAGUUUUACUCAUCGUGACUUCCUCGACAACAAUCCCUCGCCUUCGAGUGCCGAGAGACUGAUGUUGAUGCGAUCGAGGAUCUAAAUUGCAUGAUAAAGGCUUCCUGCAGCCGCAGCACCCACUGGUGUGAUUUGGAGUACUUUUCGCAAGCUUCAGAAUAUUACUAUCAUGAGAUUGGUGGAGCAUGGCCGGGUAUUCAUACGGGAGUGCGCUGGAACGUGGCUGGAUUUCUUGUCUGAUCGCAACUUCCUUGACUGCUGAGAUUUGUUGAAUCUCUUCACAGGAAACCCCUUAGAAUGGAUCGAUCUCAUUGUCAAGCUGAAUUUCAGACUUCGUGCAAAGAUGCUACGGUUGUUUGAAAAUGAACCCCGACAUCCUGCUGUACACAUUGCAACAACUUCGUGUUUGGAAUGAUGGCGGCUGGAGGAUGUGAAUGCCGCGAGGGUUUCUGAUGUGGAUGGAAUUCCACCCGAUUUUGGUGGGAGCAGGGUGCUUAGUCGUAGGGUACGUGUUUGGGCGCCAUGGCAAGGCCUUCAGUGAGGUGCAAGCCCAUCUUUCAUCCUCUUCUGAAAAUAGGCUCCAUGCUCAGAGCCAGAGGAUCAGCCAUCUCGAGGAGCUCCGAUGCUGCAAGUGUUGUACGUCAGUCUCAACAGAGUUGGGCUCAGCGGCAACCUGCAAUAGCAGAGGAUAUAAUUUAACAAAAAGAGAAACACUGAAUGUGGCAGAUGAAACCGAACAAUUGCAGAGGACCACGAAGCGAGACCAUGGACGAGUUAACUUGAUGGACUGUGACCCGCAUCACAUGAUGCUAAAUGAAAGAUUGCUCCAACCAAAAACGCCAUGUAAGAAACAGAAAUCCACGCAAAUGGGAAAUGAGCCUCUCUGUUCCAAAGCCAAGAGUGAUAUGGAUUAUGCUUUUGAACUUCAGUCAAUUCCAAUAGAGGGCGAUGCGGACGAUGACGACAAUCCGGCUGCUUUUGAGCCUUGGAGUCAGGAAGUGCUCAACAAAAGGAUAGAAUAUUUCAACUAUGUCACAUCUGCAUCUCAAACACCCGAGCGAGGGAGUCCUGAUGGGUAUAGAGAUUUGAUGCAGCACAACAAGACGUUCCUGAAAGUGGGCAGCGGUGCUAAGGGUAAAGUUUCCGAUUGUAGCAACAGCUUAAAUUCCCCGAAGUCAACAUACAAUAGCGGCGGAACAGUAAGGUCUCCGUCGAUCUGUGGUCUGGUGCCAUUGGCAACGCCGAAUCACGUCGAUUACUCCGGUGAAAAUAGCCCGAACUCACCGAAUGGAAAUUCAGUUAGUGAAUGCACUGUGUCGAAAAUAGGAGUGGCCAGCGCUAGCCCACAAAUAGGACAGACCUUGAUAAACCCUAAGGGGUUAUAUAAAGCUGCUGGAAACUCCAGCGAUGCUUGUGAAGAUAACUCUGGGGAUGCGGAGCGAGAUGCGGUUGUGGCUUUGCCGCACUCUGUUAGCGAUCCAAAUGAAGGAAUAGAUAAUGAAGUGAAAUCUACUAUUGGGAUCACACCCUUGAGCGUUGCAGGUUGCCAGUCUGCCAGCAAUGUGGUGCAUGUUGAGUUGCCGCAAUCUCCCAGCACAAGCAGAAAUUCGGGGGAAAGUGAGAUGACGACAGAGACCUUAGCAGAUAAACUGGUGCAGGGGAAAAUUUGCCCACAGCUAAACGAGACAGAUUGCAGUAAGAAGAAAAGCUCCAAACGGAAUCCCAUGAAAUCAAAAUCCUCAUCGUUUGUGAGUUUCCUAAAGUUUUGGAGGAAGCACCCGCAGGGAUCCAUUUACGAUUCUCAAGCAGGGUGAAAUACCCAAGCUCACAUAGUGUUCCAGGAAUAUAAUGUUAGCUGCAGAGUAAUAACUCUAGCUUUUCUGUCGAUCCAUAAGUAUUUGUAACCCAAAAUGUUGAGAUGGUGUAUUUGUUCCUACCUCAACAAUGAAAUCCCUUAUCAAUAAAAGACCUGUCCAGUUGGCUUUCUGUAGCAA